AUGAUGUUUGCAGCUUGGCCUUUGGGGCAACCGAUAUCCUUUGCAACGGCGCUGGCGUUGCUGGCCUGCUUUUCUGCUCAGACAGCGCGGAGUGCUGUUGUUUCUUCGGAGGUGACUGGGGCGUCACUGCCAUCGUGCUGGGACGUGUCCAAACCUCAGGGGGGCUUUGGAGACCACCUCCAGCAAAUUCUGCACAACUCGACGCUCAGCAAUCUCACUGUCGAGAAGCUACAGCGUGCAGUGCAGAUCCCCUCGGCAUGGGUGGUGGAUGCAGCGGACUGCUGCACAGCGGUGAAGUCCGACACGGAGACAUACAAGCAGUUCAAACGGUUGCACGAGCAGCUGUCGCGGGACUUUCCUCUGGUUUGGUGUAAGCUAAAGGUGGAAACUGUCAACGAGCUCGGAUUGCUAGUCACCUGGCCGGGCAGCGAUUCUGGUGCCAAACCGGCACUGAUCUCCGCCAAUAUGGACGUGAUUGUGCAGGAUCAGGAUGACUUAAGCACCUCGUCCCAAUUUGAAGGAAAGAUCGAGAAUGAGCAGAAGCAACGCCGUACGAAUAUCCAUGGCCGUGGAGCAUUUGAUAAGAGCCACUUGGUCGGUUUGUUGGAGGCAUUGGAGUACACAUUAGAGACCGAUCCUUCGUUUCAACCAAAGCGGACCAUUGUCCUUGCGCUGGGCUUCGACGAGCAGCUCGGCGGGGAGCUUGGUGCAGCGGAAAUUAGCAAGAAGUUGGAGUCCCAAUACGGCUCAGAUAGUUUCUCUGUGGUUCUUGGCAAGGAUGUCGCAGGUGUGGUGGAGACUUAUGGUGCUUAUCUUGCGCCAAUUGGGGUUGCUACCAAGCAGGAUGUCCGUUUCACCUUCCGGUUCAACUUCAGUGACAUGUACCGUACUUCUCCCUUGAUGCCAACCAAUGAGUUCCGUAUUUUCGGAAACAUCUCCGAUGCCCUAAAUCGGUUCCCCGAGCGGUACGACUUCACCAAGGCGAAUCCUCUGACGAGCUUGUUUCAGUGUGCGGCUAAUGACUUUAAAUACAUGCCGGAGGAACAGAUAAAGGAUUUGUUGGCUGCGUUGGAGGAUCAGGACGCAAAUAAUCGGUUCACUGACUUCCUAAGAAGCCAACCAACUAAUUACGCGGGAUUUGCGUUUACUACUGUGCAGCAAUUCUCCUUUAUUCAUGGGGGAUCUAUACAUGCAGUGCGGCCCGAAUAUCUGCAAUUCGAAAUAAAGGAGUCACUUACGUUGGAUACUUCGGUCGAGCUGCGUACUGAGCUUAUCAAGGCGGCUCUCAAGGAGGUUGGACCCAUGGGCUUGAUUGUGAAUGGAGAGGUCAUAGAUGCAAUUGACUCAGGAAUCACAUGUGAGGUCCUCGUCGAUGCUGACACUAAAGAUGAACCAUCGCCUAACUCAGACGACUUGGAGCUCCUUGCAAGUACAAUCAAGGGUUUAUACGAGGAUAGUAUAUUCCCUGACCUACCUGAUAAACCUUCGAAAUUAAAUGUUGGCACUUCUUUUUCGGCCAUCAAAACCGACUCUAGCCAUUACAAAAAUCUCUCUAAACAUGUCUACUAUUUCCGCCCAGGAUUCUUCCAAGACUUCGUUAUCCCAUCAUUUAAUACAAGAAAAGAGCAUGUUGGUGUUCAGACAUUACUGUACACAGUAGCAUUUUUUUAUCAAUAUGUUCAUUCUCUAUGA